CUGGCAGCUCUGGUUUAUUGACAACUCUUCUUCUCCUGUUUCUGGCGAAAAUUACGUAAGGAAACAGAGUUUUGUCACGGUUUCGUUUUUUUAUUUGACAACUCCUCCACAAACUGGCUCACAAAUGUUCAAAUUCGCGAUUAAAACUGGCCUAGCUGGCGGUGCUGUUUAUUACUCCCGCCAGGAAGGAAUUUGGAAUGAAAAUACCGAUCAAGUUUACGAACGAUACUCAAAUGCACUGCAGCCACAUAUGGCGUCGGUAAAGCAGAGGCUUCCCUUUGAGGUUCCAGCCCUUCCAAAAUCGGGUGAAUUGUGUUUUUUGACGACUCACUAUUACAAUCAGGGUGUGAAAAACACAAUCUACUUCAUCCAUCGUAUUCCCUGCUACCUAGGCCAAUGGACUAAGAAGGCUACCGAUGCAGUGAAAAAAGCACUGGAUCCACCAGCCACGACCGCGACGGAUUCCACCGCGGCAGCAGGCACAGCCAGCGGAGCUAAGAAGUAGAAUUUAAUCUUCAAAUUUAGCGAACAAUAAAAAUUAUUGAAUCCA